UGUAGCACAUGCUCCGUUGGCCGGAGCCGCACCCGCAAAAGACGGUAGUCCCGGUGGCUUAUGAAAGCCGCUAAAGACGAAAAGCUUGGCAUUAAUUGUACCAUUCCGACUUCCGUCAACAUUCCACAUCAAUGCUAAAAUACUAGAAACCCGAACAAGCGUCCGUGAAUUUAGAGAGUGAAGAACAAAACAAAGCGAGUACAGAAUAGACGAGAAAACGAGACGAAGAGACCUGACACCAUAUAUUGACCAUGUCAGCCAACGGGGCACCGCCCGAAACAGACGAAUUCUGGAUAUUUGGUUACGGAAGUUUGAUAUGGAAACCCCCUCCACACUACGAUCGACGGGUCCCAGGCUGGCUCACGGGCUACGUCAGGAGGUUCUGGCAGGCGAGCCAAGACCACCGCGGCACGCCCGAAGCCCCCGGCCGCGUCGUCACGCUGAUCGAGCGGUCAUUCUGGGCUUCGCUCGUGGACGCGCACGACUCGGCGCCGGAGAAGGUGUGGGGCGUCGCGUACCGGAUCCAAGCGGACAAGGUCGCCGAGGUGAGGGAGCACCUGGACAUCCGGGAGAUCAACGGGUACACGAUCCACCACGCGCCCUUCCACCCGGCGGACGGGUCGUCGCCGGCCUUCCGCACCCUCGUCUACAUCGGCACCCCGGACAACGACCAGUUCACGGGGCCCCAGGACCCGCAGGCCCUCGCCGAGCACAUCUACGUCAGCGAAGGCCCUAGCGGCCUGAACAGGGACUACCUGCUGGGCCUCGAGAAGGCCCUCGACGAGCUGAGCCCCGAGAGCGGCGACGCCCACGUGACGGAUCUGUCGAAUCGCGUGCGCGAGCUCGACCGCAAGCGCCGCGAGGGCCGGUUUCAGGUCGAAGGCUUCGAGCACCCCGUCUCGCACGAGUUUAAGAGAGUCAGCAGCGUGGACGAGCAGGAAGAAACAGAGAAGACGUGAACUGGUAUACCUAAGUAGGUAUCCUACAGGGGGAGAGAUGCUAUAAAUGUCAUAGAACUUAAGUGGAGAAUCACACAUCAUUGUCAAAAGUUCAAGCCGAGAGUAUUGAAAAUCAU